CUCCGGCCGUGUCUCGUCCCAGCACACUGGUCUCGUCUUUAAUGUUGCCGUACGAUCUGUUUGUUAACGGAUAUGAGGAAUAUGGGGUCCGCUACCAAAGAGCCACACACAGUACUGAUUCCUUUGCUCUGUACGAUGCUGUUAUGCAUGGAGCUUACCACAAGCAUGCCGUCAUCCCAUCGUAUACCCGUCCACCAUGGAGGUAACGGUACGGAAUCAGAGAGAAGUGGUAGUAAACAUGAAGCUCGCAUCGAGGCGAUUAAGAAGUCCAUCCUGGCCUCGCUGAAUAUGACUGAGCCUCCUUCGCCUGAAGUUCUCGCCCGGGCCUGGGCUAAAGUUACUCCCGAGUGGAUGGAAGAAGCCCGGAGUCUCUACGAAAAGACAGUCAGAUUAUACCAAGGUGCCAAAUCAGUCUUCCCAAAGAGGGAGGACCACCAUCAAACAGAAAAACAGAGGAGGGUGCAUCAAUUUCACUCUACCGGUUCGUUACGGGAAACAAUCCACUUCGACCACCUCUCGAAGCCAGUCACGUUGUUUUUCAGCAGUCGCACGAGACAGUCCGGCGAGGUCAUCGACGGUAAACUCAAGCUCUAUUUGGAUGCUGCUACCUCACGCCCUCUUCGCCAUUCCAAGAAGAGGGUGGAAUGUUCUGUGUACCUCCGCAACGGAGGCGUGGACGGGGGCCACAAGCUCCUGGACACCCGGACGCUCUCCCUGCGCUCAACCGGCUGGAAAACGUUUCACAUAACGGAGGCCGUGAGAUCGUGGUUGAACAAUCACCCGAACGGCACAGAGCUUGCCCUAGUCGUAGUCGUCAGUGGUCACUCUGCGGACAAAGUGUUUCAAUUAGACCAGGGUUUCAUUGGUGGGUCAUCGGGACUGACGCUGCCUAACCAUCCACGAGUAGAGAUACUUUAUGAAGAAGAUUAUGACUCGCGGCGUAGGGACAGGAGGCAAUCGGAGGCAGCGAGGGAUCCGUAUACGUGCACCGACAGCGACAAUGAAGAGAAGUGUUGCCGCUACGCGAAGACGGUGACGUUCCGGGAGCUCGGAUGGCACCGCUGGAUAUGCUUCCCGACAUCGUUCGUUUCGUACGAGUGCUCGGGGACGUGCCCCACGAAUCAUCGAGUUGCAACCGAGUACUCAAGAAUCAAGAGCCUUAUGCACGACCUCGACCCCACAGACUGGGGCCCUCCGUGCUGUGCACCCACAAAACUUAGCCCUCUCUGGCUCAUGAUGUUUAACUCCACGGGGGACCUUGAAUUUAUUGAGCAACCAGACAUGAUUGUUGAUGAAUGCAAAUGCUUAUGAAAGCAAAUAAACCUCGUAGUUAGAUAACUAACCUUCUAUUUCAUCGAUUAAUCAAGGGGAAUCCCCUAUGGUUGGUUGCAGGGUAGGGCAGGCAGCCCUCCAAUCCUCACUGGUAUAUUUAUUGAUAGAAAAGUGUUUUACGAAGUUAUAUUUAGUUUUCAGAAUCAAUCAGGAUUUAACCUUUGACCUGUCAAAUUGUUGCCUGAACCAAUUCCCUUGUUGUAAAAGACUAUGUCCAAAUUAACCGAGUAGGCCUUGGCUGUGGUAGUGGUUUGAGUUGAGCAUAGCACAAUGGUACGGUUUACUAUUUGAUGCUGUGCAAUCUGCAGACACCCGCACCAGAAAACACCAGGGCUCAUCCUUAUUGCACAACACACGGGGCCAACCACUUUACGUCCCAUCCGAAGGACGGUUUAAAAAGUAUCUUGCUCAAGGAUACAAGACAGUGUCAAAACCAAGACUCGAACUCACACUCCAUUGAUCAGAAACACCAUAGCUUGUGAAUGUUCUGUCACAAAACCAAGACUCGAACCCACACUCUAUCGAUCAUAAACAUUGGAGCUUGUGAAUGUUCUGUCACAACGACAAUAAUUGAGUAUUGAGGCCUGACGCACUUU